GUGAAGCCCUAAUUCAAAGAUAAAGUGGAAAAAAAAGAUAGUAAAGCCCUAAUUCUGAAUUGAAAGAUGAUGAGGAUGCGAUUGAUGUGGUUCACGGUGGGGUUUGCUGCCACUGCUGCUGUCAUGGGUAACUUCCUCUACAAAGACCUCUUGCUCGAUCGUCACUCUCUCUCUUUGCAGUUGAAGAAUCAGUUUGAUUCGUUGGAAUCACGCCUCGAUUCGGUAUCACCAAAGGAAUAAGAAUCAAAAUUUUGAAGACUCUGUAUUUGUUGCUAGAGGCGCUUCGUGUAAUCGUUAGUUAUUUGCGUGUAAUUUCCAAUCUGCCAAGUAGACUUGGGGGCUUGUUAAUAAUUCUUGGUCAAGAAUAUUGAAACAUGACCUGAUGAAGAAGUCAUCUCUUCCAAAUGUGUCUGAUUACAUGCAUCACUGUGUCAAGAUAUAUAUUUGUUAGCAGGGGUGUUUGGAUACGCCACACGAGUCACGGACCCUAAAAAUUUA